AUGAAGGUCUCCUCUUUUAUGGAGCACAUUGAUCGGCUGAAGGAGGAGUUUACCUUCAUGCACAACCAACUACAACAACAAAGAAAUGAGUUGGAGAAAUUAAAUGCAGAGAAGGAAAAUAUGCAACGUCACUAUAUGCUAUAUUAUGAAUUUCAAUGUGGUAUGAAUAUCGAAAUACAGAAACAAAGUGAAUUAUGUAAACGGUAUACUGCCAUAAUUACACAGCUUCUUCCCUUCCUACCACCUGAACAUGCCCAGCAAGCAAUGAAUGCAAUGGAACGUGCUAAACAAAUAUCUACCCAAGAAGUCGGCCAGUUGAUGCAAUCAAAUGCACAUUCACAACAAAUGGCAGCAAUGAUGCCUGCAAUGGCUGGAUUGCCUGGUGCAUUAGGUAUGCCACCUGUGGGAUUCCAACAAGCAUUAGCUGCAGCGGCAAUGGGAGCUACACAUCGUGUUCCUGAGGCUACCUCAUCUGCUGUUCAUUCCGAACGACAUGAACAAGCACCAAGCAGGCAAUCCAGUUCCCGUCCUCGGUCUAUUUCACCGAAUGGAUCGACUUCAAAACGGAUGAAGGUCGAUGAAGACGCCGAUGGAGACGGCGAGUUAGAAAUUGAUGUACAGAAUGACGAUGCAGGUGGUGCAGGACAUUCAAAUGGAACCAGUAGUGCGCCCCCGUCAUCCCUCAAAGCCCCUAAAGCGGAUGGUCGAGAUUCAACUAACAGUGUAGCCUCUAGCGGUGCAAGUACUCCCGGUCCAAAACCACGAAAUCCCUUGGAGCAAAUGGGCUUGCCGGGUGGAGUAUUCGGUAACUUAGGCAUGAAUAUGAAUCCUCUUGCUGCAGCAUUUAGUCGAGGCGGCUUGCCUCCGAUAUUUGACCAACAUGCGCAGGCCCGGAUGGCUGCUGGAAUGGGGAUUGGUGGUCCUGGUGGUCUCCUUAACGGGAAACCUGCCUAUUCCUUCCGCACCGUUGACGGUGGUGUUUUACAGCCGACAGUGUUUCCAAGUGAUGCGUUUAAUGCACCAGGAAUUCCGAAGAGUGUCUCGCGAAAGUUCGAGUUACCGCAUGGAGAGGUUGUGUGUGCAGUUACGAUUGCGAAAGACAACCGAAGUGUAUAUACUGGAGGAAAAGGUUGUGUUAAAAUAUGGGAUAUUGCCCGUACUCCAGAAACUUUACGAACACCUGUAUCAACGUUAGAAUGUCUACAGGGUAACUAUAUUCGGUCAUGCAAACUCACUGCUGACAGUUCAAGUCUAAUUGUCGGUGGUGAAGCAAACAUAAUCACGAUAUGGGAUCUGCAGACGGGAACGAUUCGUACAGAAUUGGACAGUGAAUCACAAGCAUGUUAUGCUCUGGCGUUAUCGCAAGAUCACAAACUUCUAUUUGCAUGUUGUGCUGAUGGAAAUAUUGUGGUAUGGGAUGUUGAAUCCAAAACCAAGGUCACUUCACUCCCGGGACAUCAAGAAGGGGCUUCGUGCAUUGAUCUUUCGUCAGACGGUAGCAAAUUAUGGACUGGUGGUCUCGAUAACACCGUACGCACGUGGGAUCUACGGGAACGACGGCAAUUGAGUCAAUUCGACUUCCCGAGUCAGAUCUUCAGCCUGGGAUGUUGUCCAACAGAAGAUUGGGUUGCGGUAGGCAUGGAGAACAACAAUGUGGAGGUGUUGAACACAACUCGCACAGAGAAAUAUCAAUUACAUCAACAUGAAUCAUGCGUCCUGUCGCUAAAAUUUGCUCACUCUGGUCGAUGGUUCGUCUCGACGGGGAAGGACAACGUGUUGAAUGCAUGGAGAACGCCAUACGGAGCAUCGUUGUUACAAGCGAAGGAAUCGUCGUCGGUGUUAUCCUGUGAUAUAGCCAGUGACGACUCCCUGAUUGUAACAGGAUCAGGCGAGAAGAAGGCGACUGUGUAUGAAGUGACCACAUACACGUGA